CAGACGCAGGCACCAGCAGCCAGAGAGAAAGUUCCCGUGGAGAGCUCGCCCCCGGAGGGCCGACGUUGAGGCUAUCGUGGCGAGGAUCGCAGGCCCAGUGUGUCCAGCCUGCCUUACCCCUGCGCGCAUCGGGGCCGCCCCGGCUCCGCUGGUCGCGAAGCUAGGGAGCGUGGCUGGCCCGCUGCCGCCGCCAAACUUGGAGGAGGAGGAUGCUGCGAGUGGGAGCGACGGUGCGGGGCGCGGGGGCGCACUGAGUGCUCCCCGCGGUCGGCCCCGGGCAAGGCAGCCACGGCUGCGGCCGCACGAGCCCGCCGAGCCUGAGCGACCAGGUAGCGGCUCCAGCGCGAAGACUGCGCCAGAUCUGCAAGCCAGGGACGCCAGCGCCACCGUGCCGGCGUCGCCUCCUCGCCACAGAGCCGUGGUGCGCGGUGCGCGCACGCUAGGAGCGGGACUCUGAGCCACGGCCUCGCCGCGCGCCCACACUUCCCCUCUCCGCGCUUCCCCGCCGACCUUCCCCGAGGGUCAUGAAGCUUUGGUCCGGAGACUCCGGCCUCUGAGCGGCGUGUUGUUUGCUCCAGCCGUAGCGCCGCUUACCCACAGACAGCGCUCGGCCUCUGAGGUUCCCUGUCUUCACCCAGCGACGGCACCCAGGCGCUCCGGGAUGGCGCUCCCAGGUCUUCUCCGGCCACACAAAGUUCGCGGGAGGCGAGAGAUGCUGCCGCAGCAAGUUGGCUUCAUGUGUGCUGUGCUGGCUCUGGUGUGCUGUGCGUCCGGCCUCUUUGGCAGCUUGGGGCACAGACCUGCUUCUGCAAGCAGACAUCUACCAGACACGUGGAAAAACAGAAAACUGAUGGCGCCGGUGAACGGGACGCAGACAGCCAAGAACUGCACAGACCCUGCGAUCCAUGAGUUCCCCACAGACCUGUUCUCCAACAAGGAGCGACAGCACGGAGCCGUCCUGCUGCACGUCCUCGGUGCUCUCUACAUGUUCUAUGCUCUGGCCAUAGUGUGUGAUGACUUCUUUGUUCCCUCUCUCGAGAAGAUCUGUGAGAAACUUCAUCUGAGUGAAGACGUGGCCGGAGCCACCUUCAUGGCUGCAGGGAGCUCCACGCCUGAGCUGUUCGCUUCGAUUAUUGGAGUGUUCAUCACCCACGGAGACGUUGGGGUCGGCACCAUCGUGGGCUCCGCCGUGUUCAACAUCCUGUGUAUAAUCGGAGUCUGUGGAUUAUUCGCGGGCCAGGUGGUCCGGCUGACAUGGUGGGCUGUGUGCCGAGACUCCGUGUACUACACCCUCUCUGUCAUCGUGCUCAUCGCCUUCAUAUAUGAUGAAGAAAUUGUGUGGUGGGAGGCCCUGGUGCUCAUCAUCUUGUACAUAUUUUACAUUCUGAUCAUGAAGUACAAUGUGAAGAUGCAGGCCUUUUUCACAAUCAAACAAAAGACCGUUGCAAAUGGCAACACGGUCAACAGUGAGCUGGAGGACGGUAAUGAUUACUGUGAUAGUAGCUCUGACGACCCCUCCGUGCCGUUGCUGGGGCGAGUGAAGGAGGAGCCCCAGUACGGCAAAAACCCGGUGGUGAUGGUGGACGAGGUCAUGAGCUCCAGCCCUCCCAAGUUCAGCUUCCCGGAGGCGGGCUUACGCAUAAUGAUCACCAACAAGUUCGGGCCCAGGACCCGACUGCGGAUGGCCAGCAGGAUCAUAAUCAAUGAGAGGCAGAGGCUGAUCAACUCAGCGAACGGUGUGGGCAGGAAGCCGCUGCAAAACGGGAGGCACGAAAACAUCAAAAACGGGAACGUCCCCGUGGAGAACCCAGACGACCCUCAGCGGGAGCAGGAACAGCAGCCCCCGCCCCCGCCGCCGCCCCCAGAGCCAGAGCCCGUCGAGACCGCCUUCCUGUCCCCCUUCUCCAUGCCCGAGGCAAGAGGGGACAAAGCCAAGUGGGUGUUCACCUGGCCACUCAUCUUCCUCCUGUGCAUCACCAUCCCCAACUGCAGCAAGCCCCGCUGGGAGAAGUUCUUCAUGGUCACCUUCAUCACUGCCACGCUGUGGAUCGCUGUCUUCUCCUACCUGAUGGUGUGGCUGGUGACGAUCAUCGGGUACACAUUCGGGAUCCCCGACGUCAUCAUGGGCAUCACUUUCCUGGCGGCAGGCACGAGCGUUCCGGACUGCAUGGCCAGCUUAAUUGUGGCGCGACAAGGCCUUGGCGACAUGGCGGUGUCUAACACCAUAGGAAGCAACGUGUUUGACAUCCUCGUGGGACUCGGCAUACCCUGGGGUCUGCAGACCAUGGUCAUCAGUUACGGAUCCACAGUGAAGAUCAAUAGCCGGGGCCUGGUCUACUCCGUGGUGCUGCUGCUGGGCUCCGUGGCGCUCACCGUGCUCGGCAUCCACUUGAACAAGUGGAAGCUGGACCGCAAGCUGGGCAUCUACGUGCUGGUCCUCUACGCCGUGUUCCUGUGCUUCUCCAUCAUGAUCGAGUUUAACGUCUUCACCUUCGUCAACUUGCCCAUGUGCCAGGAAGACGACUAAAGCUGAGCCGCUGCCCCACGGGGAGCCGUCCUGGACACCCUGGCACUAGUGUCCCCCCUCCUCGCCCCUCCCACUACGAGCCUCCUUCAGCGGCGGCCACUGUCCCUUCUUUCAUACACUGGAAGGAAGAGCCAUCGUGUUCUCUGGCCUUGGGCCAGGCUGCUGGACAUCCUCCUCCUCCUCGGAGUCCUGCCCCUCAAAAGGCGAGAUUCGGGGGCCGCUAUUUGAGCAGCUUCGCAGACCCCUGAACUGCCGGUCCCAGGGAUGUGGCGUGUGUCUUGGCUCUUUAGUCGGAAGGGCUUCCGUGUGCAGCUUGUCCUUCUGUGUCACGGCAGCAUCUUCAGGAGAAAACGGUCGGUGAACAUGAGGUCUCCUGUACGAGUACGGCACAGGGGUGCUGUCUCCUCUGGGCCCAAGCGGUGAGUUCCUCAGGCGCCGGGCUGCGAAGACCUCCGACCUCUGCUGGGGCGGCGCUCACGGUUUGGAAGGGGCAGGGCCUCAACCUGCUGGGGGUGUGGGGCCGUGGCAUCCCCGCCCUUUUUCUGGGAAAACUGGAAGAAUGGAAACAGUUUUUCAGCUUUUUUAUAGCAGAAGAGAGAAAACAAGAAUAUUCCUCUCAUUUUUAUUGAUGCAUUCAGAGAAUGAGCGAUGAAAUAUUAAAAAUAAAAUGUCAUAUAGAUCAUCAUACUUGAAAAAAUCAUUCCAUCUAAAAGGACCCUGGGGGGACCCAAAAAGGUGAUACUCAGGGACCGCAGACCCUCUGUGUGUCAUGUUGCAUGGACACCAAGACAUUCGGUCUGGAAGUCAGGAGUCAGAGACCAGCGUCCUGAUGGGUGCUAACUCAGAGACACGGCGGAGAUCGUGGUUUGCAGCCACACACUCCAGACCUUCCGUCUGACGCAGCACACCGUCACUUUGGGUUUGUCAUUUCUUUGCUAAUGCGCUACUCGCAAGACCAUCAGGUUGAAAGGCCCAGUUGUUUAUGCGCCCAGCAGAUUUCAUAGCCUGCUGAACCGGCGUGCGCAUGCCGGAGGGUAACGGUCAAUGGCAGGGAGGGAGGUUUCCUGAACCACGGCAAACUGCUCCCCGGCUCACGGGGACCAUAACUUGGAAUUUUUAGAGCUCAGUUUCUUGAACCUUAGCGUUUGCUACACAGGCAAGGCCAAGGAUGGGAGGCCCAUUCAAAAAUAGAAAAAUAUUAAACAGCU